AAGUUUCUGGUCGUAGUGAUUUUCAGUUCGGACAUUCAUAUUUUAAUCAACACAUUGGGAACAGGUGUGCGUUUCUAGCUUGUAUGGUUUAACCCGGUUUUAAAAGCGAGCUCCGCCACACUGAGGCGAUAACCUGGAGUAUUAUUAGCUGCCACAAACAACUUGUUGGUUUCAGGAUGUUCGUCUGGGUUUGUAUUUAUGUUUUUGCAUCGGCCGGUCGGUGUGUAACCGGCGGACAUGUGAUGACCGGUCAGCCAUAUGAAGUCCCGGUAAACAGCAGCCAGGUUUUAACUGCAGCACGGUUUGCUGUGGGUGAAUUCAACAGAGCCAACGCUGAGGACCACUUUGCUUACAAAAUUGUGAAUAUAACCUCGGCCAAAAUUCAGAUGGUGGCUGGAAUAAACUACAUCCUGGAAAUGCAGCUGGGGCGUACAAUGUGCAACAGAAGUGACACAGUUGACAGUGAACCAUGUGUUUUCAACUCUGAACCCAAGGAACUUCUGUGCCACUUCAUUGUUACAGAAAUCCCUUGGAGAGAUUUACGCACACUUACUCAAAAGAAGUGUUACCCACCUAAAAAUUGACUGAUAUUCUGAUUUGCUGCUGCCAAGUAAACAGUAAACAGUUAUCACCGAACAGUGUUGUGUGUUUCAGAAAUAGGGCUUAUUAAUAUACUGUCCACACCCUGUAUUUAUGUUCAUAACCCAAUGGUUUCGUUGGCUCCCAGAUAAUGCCACUUGUUCCAACACUGAGUUGAAUAAGUUCAGUGACCUGCACUCACUCUGCA